AUGAUCCAAAGGUGACGCUAACUAUCGGCAAAAAUAGCAAAUUAGUAGUACUUAGGGAGGGAUCAGAGGCGGUGAUGGAGUGCGCCAUCAGAGCUAAUCCCGGCGCCAGUGAUAUACAGUUUAUGCUGAACGGCACCGCCAUCUCAGACCCCGAGCCAAACGGCUUUUUAAUCGUCAACUCCACGCUCACUAUACGGGAACUACAGCCCCAACACCGCGGGAAGUAUAGCUGCAGCGCCCGUAACCUCGAGGGACGGGGUGUUAGCAACGAAGUGAUGCUCGACUUAAGGUACACGCCUAUCUGCCGGAACCGGGACCUCAAGUCCACGAUAGCUAUGGCUGUUAACGAGACCCAAGUGCUGAGCUGUACGGUGGAGGCCCAGCCCCUGGAUGUCUCAUUCUACUGGACGUUCAACAACUACGAGCUCUCCCCUGACAACUACACCGCUAAGGGGCUGACCUCUGAGCUCCGGUUCCGCGCCGGUAGCUCACAGGACUUUGGACUCGUGUCGUGUUGGGCCAAAAACGAGGUGGGCUUACAGGCCCAGCCCUGUCUGUUCCGGAUAACUACCGCAGCACCCCCUCAGCCCCUCCGGGACUGUCAGGUUGUGAAUAAGACGAUGACAUCCCUGUCCAUCGAGUGUACGGCCGGCGAGAGUGCGGGCCUUUCGCAGACGUUUUUCGGCCAGUAUUUCGAUAGUAAUUAUGGGGCGGAUGUCCGGAACCUGUCGCUGGUGUCGACCCCCAUGUUCUUCAUAGAGGGCCUGUCGUCAGGCACUGAAUAUGCCGUCCGCUUGUACGCCAUGAAUGCGAUGGGUGUGAGUGAGGGGACGGCUAUACCGGUGUCCACACUGUCCACUGUUAAUACGAAGUUAGUGUCCGGCAAUCAGGAACUGGACUACGACCCCAUACUAGCCGUAAUAGUCGGGGCCCUACUGUCCCUAUUCCUGAUCGUAUUGAUUGUGAUUAUAAUCUGCAAAAUCAAACAACAAGACGAGGAAAAGGAUAAACGGGAGCAACAGUUGCGGCAAAACACAAUAACGGGUCAGUUGGCCGAUGAAUACGGUAUUCAAAAUACCAGUGCGGAUGAGAUCCCCGGCCACAAGAAUCCGGAUGUAAUUCCGUGCGAUCGGCAAUCAUUUAGUGAUUCAAAAAUGGAUUUAUUUAUUAUCAACGAUAUUAGGGAUGACUUGACAUCCCUGUCCAAUACCUCGAUCAUCGAGACUGUGUUACAGCAAAAGCCUAAGUCUAUACUCGUUAACAACGGGUAUAUACCUAAUGGUACAUUACAUCGAAUGAGAAAG